UAUGGAGCUAUUUAUUCAAGGUGUUGUGCUUUUGAUGCUGUUGACUGUGUACUUCGGUUCCCAGGGUUUGUUACAUACCUAGGUAGGAAAGCUACUGCGACGUUGGAAACGAUCGCAUCAUGGGUCUUAUCGAUGUAAAGGAGGGCAUUCUACUGGCAAUUGCAGCAACAGUUGUCUACAAUGCCAUACUCACAAUCUAUCGUCUUUACUUCCAUCCCCUGGCCAAAUUCCCAGGCCCCAAGUUGGCAGCUGCCACGCAAUGGUACGAGUUACUUCGACCUCUACAAAAAAGGGCAAUUUAUCUGGGAGAUUCAGAGGAUGAGCAAUACGGCCCCAUCAUCCGCAUCAACCCGGACGAAAUCCACAUAAACGACCCGGACUUCUACGAGGAAAUCUACACGAGCGCCUCGAAGAAACGCGACCGCUACUCAAAGUGGAAACUAAUGGCCGGCAGCCCCCUCUCCACCUUCAGCACCAUCGAGCACGACCUUCACCGCAAGCGUCGCGGGGCGCUGAACCCGUUCUUCGCUAGACGCAGCGUUGCGCGCCUCGAACCGCGGAUCUCCCAGAGAGUGGAGUUGCUGCAAAGCAGGUUGGAAGAGGAGAUGAAAAGCGGGUCGGUGCUGGAUACGAAGGCGGUGUAUCUGGCACUGACGAUGGAUGUGGUUAGUGAGUAUUGCUACGGCAAGAGCUACGAGUUCCUGCGCGAGAGGGAUUUCAAAGCGGGGUUUAAGGAUUUCUUCAACGAGUUGUUUGAGAAUGUGGCGGUUAGGCGCGCGACGCCGUGGUUGAUGUGGGUGAUGCAGAGGUUGCCGCUUGAGUGUGUGGUGAGGUUUAUGCCGGCGGAUAAGGCGUUGAAGGAUAUGUUGUCGUUCCAGAAUUGGAUAAGGAUGGAAGUGGAGAAGAUCUUGGGUGGGCAUCGAGAGGGGAAGGGUGAGAAGGGCGAGGGCGAGUAUGAGAGCAUUUUCAGUACGUUGAGGGAUAGUGAGGCGUUGCCGCCAGAGGAAAAAUCGGUCCAGAGGUGGGUGGAUGAGGGAUUCGUUCUGCUGGCUGCCGGCGGCGAGACGACGGCGAAGACGCUGUCGGAAACAUUGUAUUAUUUGUUGAGAAAUCCGGAGACGUUGGAAAGAUUGAGGGCGGAGUUGAAAACGAUGAUGCUUAAGACCACCGAGUUGGCAACGUGGGCGCAGCUAGAACAGUUGCCAUAUCUGGGAGUUAAGCCUUACCUAUUACCGACUGCCGUUAUCAACGAAGGCUUGAGGAUGAGUGGUGAUCUCUCCACAAGAAUCCCACAGGUUCCGCACGAAGCUCUGCGAUACAAGGAAUGGGUAAUACCACCUCGAACACCGGUCAGCGAAACCAACACCCUCAUUUUAAACAACCCUUCUAUCUUCCCCGAGCCCGGCCUCUUUCAACGAAACGACCUCGAUAAAUACAUGGUCAGCUUCAGCAAGGGCACGAGGUCGUGUGUAGGUAUUAAUUUGGCUCAUGCCGACCUAUAUCUGAUGCUGGCGGGAGUGUUCCGGAGAUUUGAUUUUGAGCUGUAUGAAACGACUGACGACGAUGUGCGGCUUGUGAGGGAUGGAUUUGUGCCCAUGGCGAAGGUGAACUCCAACGGAAUUAGAUUUAUCGUGAAGGGGGAGGUGAAAUAG